AUGCAGCGCGGACGUGUUUUUCUCUUCGCUGCGGCCCUGCUGGUCCUCUUCUGUGCCUUCGAGGCGCGCGGGCUCACCCUGGCCCAGCUGCGCGCCCGACUGGCCACCGAUGAAGUGCGCGGCCCGCGCGACGCCGGCUACAACGACCUCCGCACGGGCUACAACCAGCGCUACUCGCGGCUGCCGGCCGUCAUCGUCUCGCCGCGCAACGUGACCGGAGUUCAGCUCGCCAUCGAGUACGCCCGCACCAACAACCUCACCGUCUCGCUCCGCUCGGGCGCCCACUCGGCCGAGCUCCUGGGCGUGCUCGACGAGGCCGUUGUCAUCGAUUUCUCCAUCAACAUGAAGUCCAUCUCCAUCGAUGUCGCUCAAAAGAUCGCCACCGUCGAGCCCGGCAUGCGCUGGGGCGACUUCUACACCGCCACGGUCCCGCUGGGCCUCGGCGCCCCGGGCGGCAGCUGCCCGGGCGUGGGCGUCGGCGGCUCGUCGCUGGGCGGCGGCGCCAACGACCUGGCUACCGUGCUCGGCUACUCGCUCGACAACGUUCUGGGCUUCCAGGUGGUCCUGGCCAACGGCAGCGUGGUCGAGGCCUCCGACGACUCGCAUCCCGACCUGUUCUGGGCGCUGCGCGGGGCGGGCCACGGCGGUCUGGGCGUGGUGACGUCCAUCACCCUCCAGCUUUCGCCCAUCGAGCCCACCUUCUACUCGGCCUGGAUCACCUACGCGUGGGCCGACUUCGAGGCGCUGCUCAACCAGGUCGCGCUCUACUCGCAGACCAUGCCCGACCAGGUCAACCUCUACUUCACCGGCUGGAAAUCGGCCGCCACGCUCAACGUGGCCCUCUCGUGCUUCUACAACGGGCCGCCCGACGUGGGCGCCACCGUGUGCGGCCGCUGGGCCAACGCUUCGGUCACGGGCGUCGCGCCCACGAGCUACUCGCCCACCGUCGAGCCCUACGACGCGACGGUGCGCAAGGGGACGGACCCCAAGGGCCGCCGCAGCUUCACCAAGGGCGGCCUGCUGACCGGGCUCACCCGCAAGGCCGUGCGCGCGAUCCGCCGCUCGCUGGAGGACGGCCCCGAGUCCGACGCGACGACCAACACGGCGCGGCUCAACCUGUACUGGCAGGGUGGCAAGAUGCUGGACCGCGCGCGCGACGCGGUGGCGUUCGUGCACCGCACGUACCCGUGGAACGCGGUGUGGCUGGCGUCGUACGUGCCCGACGCGAUGACCGACGAGUACGCGCGGUGGAUCACGAUCACCAACAACCGCCGCAUGGCGCCGUUCAUGUCGGGCGAGACCUACAACAACUACCCCGACUUGGCCAUGGCCGAUUGGCGCUGGGCCUACUACGCCGAGAACUACCCGCGCCUGCGCGUCAUCAAGGCCGCCUACGACCCCCACCAGCUCUUCAAGGGACCCCAGACCAUCGAGCCCGCCAUCUAA